UUGUACCAGCAGGUUACAAUGAUCAGUAUUGUUGCCUGCAGUGACAAAGUUGGUACUCUGCCUGGGCUAUAGUCUCAGAUAUGGACGGCUGCCCGGCUCCACUGUUCGUCAUCGCGUUUUUUCCAGCAGCGUCCGCCUGCGUAUGCAUGUAUGCGACCGACGGGCUGAUUUCAUAACGUGGGGAGGAAGAGUGGAAUGGGGCUUUGAGAGAACGGAUGAACGCCAGACCCGGUAGGCUCUAUGCGCCAACAGUGUUGUUGUUGUCUGUAUUCCGGGGCCAUGCAGACGGUGCACUAGAGGAGAUGCGGUAGUGGAGGCUGCUGAUGCUGCUGCUGCUGCUGCUGUCCGAUCAGCUGUUAUUUGUGUCUCCAGCAUCCUAUAGCCGUGACGGCCCAACGCAUCGAGAUCAAGGUUCCGGAGCCAGGGACGCCACCGUAGUAGACCGGAUAGCACAGGAUGGAGUUCAAGCAUCUCGUGGAGGCGGCGGAGAAAUGGUGCUCCGGUAACCCGUUCGACCUCAUCUUCGCCGAGGAGGACGACGAGAGGCGGCUGGACUUUUACGCAGAACCCGGCGUCUCCUUCUACGUGCUGUGUCCUGGAGGCACCGACAGCUUCCAUGUGUGGAGUGAGAGUGAGGACUGUCUUCCCUUCUUACAGUUGGCCCAGGACUACAUUUCCUCCUGCGGGAAAAAGACUCUGCUGGAGGUGCUGGAGAAGGUCUUCACGUCCUUCAGGCCUCUCCUGGGUCUUCCUGACAUAGAAGAUGACAGUUUUGAACAUUACCACGCUGACAUGGAGGGGGAACCGGGGCCCGACCAUCAGCAGAUGGGGGUCAGUCAGCAGUGAUGAGCCCAGCGAGGAGUCCCAGGACCUCAACUCAUCAGCCCAAACACUUAACAAACCCUCUCCACACUCCUCGUUAAAUAUACAUAGAUACACACAUACACACAGAUAUGGUCAACUUGCUAAAAAUGCACCAACAUGUUCUUGAAUGUCUCAGUGGCUUUGCUUCUCAAUGAGUGCACUUUUGUUGCACUGCGUUGAUCCCCUUCCACACACACACACACACACACACACACACACACUCACACAUACACAUACACUCUUACAUACACAAGUGGGCUACGUGAGCAGCAACCUUGUACAAUGCAACUAUCAUAAUCAUUCACCAUCUGGUUAGUUAAAGUUACACAGCACAGCAAUAUUACAUCAGUCUCAGCUGGCUUUGUUAUGCAGAAAUACAGUCAGAUGGUACCGCAAUACACAUUUCCCCUGUGGCUUUAGAGAUGAAUGUGAGAGAUAACCUACUUUUCUGGUUUUCUGUUGACACAGAGGACACACCAGAGUAAGAUAAAGGGUAAAAUCUGACUGUUUGUGGCUUUGUGAGGCAACUGGAGUGACACACAUCCACAAGGAAGAAAGGCGAGGGAAAUCUAGUAACAAAGAGCGGCGUAAUUUUCCACUUAAACAGAGGGAAAAGUUGGAGGGAACUGAGGAUGUAUAGCUAUGACGUAGAUCCAGGUGGCUGUUAGAGGCCUCAAACACUCCUGGUUUAAGUGCUCCAACAGCUAAAUGAAUCAUUUUUACACAUUAGCUCCUCAUGUGGAAAUCAAAGUGUGCAGCUUUACAGUAGCAUGGAUCAUUUCUUAAGGUCGUGCCGUGUCUCAGUGUUUCCAAAGGCAGUGCACAUUAGAGAUUUGUAGUCACUUUUUCGAAUACGUUUUCAGCAAGCGUUACUAUCAUAUGACCGUCACAACAAAGGCCCAUGCUGCAGCUGAAGCCCUUCCCGGUUUGGGUGUCUCAUUGUCACAUGACACCUCAGUUCUAUUGUCCUGUAGUCUUCCUGGUUGGUGGUUCACACUUUGCCCUAUUUUUUCUCAGCACAAUCCGUUGGGAUAACUUCCUUAAGUCAGAAUAAAAUCCCCCUUCCCUGCCCGCGUUGUUUUAAGUUGAUCUGCUUGUUUCUAGAAUUCUCUGAGACAUCAGUUUGAUAGGUGCACACCCAUAUAUCCCUGAACGGUAUCAUAGGGGAGAGAAAACAUUAGCCGACCUCUGCCUGUACCCUGUUCUUUCUAAUAUCACAGUGUGUUGUUGUAUGUCACAUCCAGUUCACUGCAAUGCUUCAGCCUUCCCUUCCCUCCCCUCCCCUCCCCUCUCCCCCAUCGCCUUCGAUCCCGCAGCCAAAAAAACAUGCAAGACUGUUUCAGAGAUUUCUGUUAUAGCCUGAUUUACUUUGGCUUGUAAAUGUUUUUGUGUUUUUAUUGCCUAUCUGAGUGUUUCUCCUGCAGUGUAUCUUCUGUUUGUCCUCAGAUGUGUGUGAGGUUGUUCAAUAAACCGUGUCAAAAGAG